AUGUCCUUCCUUGGAAGCUUCUGUUGCUUCUUUCCCACCCGACGACAGCUCCCAUACUCUCCCACCCUUCAUCGGCAGCCUUAUGAUCCUCAAGCAGGUUUCAGGCAUAGUCGCGGGGCCGGUGGAGACGUGGAUGCGCCCGGCAUAGAUGAACCAUAUCUGUCUAUGGCUCCUCUACCAAGAUACACCCCACUACCUAUGAGACUCCACGAAAAGACGCUUGCAUUUCAACACCAACACUCUGAUUUCCCACGAUUUGAGAAAAAUCCGAACGAAUUUGAGCGGGGACUUGCUUCGUCUCAUUUCGAUGACCUCUCUGAUGCCUCGUCAGUUGUGUCAGUGCCAAGCAGUUUUGGAAAUACGUCAACUGCAACGACAGAAACCCCUCCUCCUCCAUAUUCGCCCAACUCGUCAAGAGAUCCAUCCCGCCGCUCAAUGUCCAUAUCUGUGUCAACCCAGGGGACCGGUUUCACCAAUGCUAGCCUAGAAAGCUCUGAUCCCCAAUCGCUUGAUAUCCAGCUUCCUCUACCUCCACCUUCUGCGAUCUAUAGAUCUCAUACCGCAGAUCAGUUCCCGGAAACCAGCCGCGAGGGCUAUAGACGCUCAUUAGAUGAACAAAUAAAUCGGUCAUUAUCUUCAUUACCUCCGGCCUAUCCGAGAAGAGAGUAG